AUGGUCAUGUUCACCGCCACGGGGUUCGUCGGCCCCUCGGUUGGUCCCGUGGUCGGCGGGUUCAUCAACCAGUACACCUGGUGGCGAUGGACCUUCUACGUCUUGAUCAUCUGGUUCGCCAUCGACCUGGUCCUGAUCGCGCCUGCUGGUCCCGGAGACGUACCACCCCGUGCUGCUGCGGAACUAAGCCCGGAAGCAGCACAAGGACACGGGGGAAGGAAAGUGGACUGCGCCCAUCGAGAACAUGGACAAGUCGAUCUUGCGGACAUCGUCACGGCGAUGAGGAGGCCCUUUGAGCUCCUGGUCUUCGAGCCCAUGUGCCUGAACCUCUGCAUACUUUCCGCACUCCUGCUCCGCAUCGUCUACCCGGUCUUCGGGGCCUUUGGCGUCGUAUUCACGGGUAACUAUGGGUUGUCCUCUCGCAGCUGGGCCUGA